AUGGCAUAUAGGAAAUUUCAACAAACAAAGAUUGUGCCUUCCUUUAUACAUCUUUCCCUUGCGAUAUUAACGAUUUAUUGUUUGCAUUUUUUUCUCGAAUUUUAUCAUCUUUAUGGCUUUCAUAAUACGACAUCUUCAGAUGAAGUCUUACUACGUCAAAGUGAGAAGAUCAUAAAGGAAGCAACUUUGUCAACAAGUUCGAAUGUUCAGUCAACUUGGACUUGUACGGGUAAUAUAAAUUAUGAAUCUGAAUGGCCUCAACGAACGUGUGCAUUCAAAAAUAUCUGUUAUAAUAAAGAAAAAAAAGUAUUUCAGUUCUAUCGUAAACCAGGCAGUAUUAAAACGCCAAUUUUAUUUGAACCUAAACUAGGUCAUAUAUAUGAUUUUAAUAUAAAUAAUCAUGGCUUUGUUAGUCUUAUUGCGCGUGCAUCUCCACGUCAUUCAUGGGGACCAACAAUUGUUGAAGAAUGGUUACCGUCUGCUGAUAAAGUACCUUAUUUAGAGCAUGUUCAUGUUUUAUUUAUGCAUUGGUAUGUUCCCUUUAAUCCUGGUCAUGUUAUUUGGGAAGAUAUAGCAUCUACUUACUUCGCUAUGGUUAGACUAAAUGAAUAUGAUAGAAAUGCUGUUCUUAUUGAAUAUCGUCGGUUUCCAAAGAAAGGAAACCAAUUUUAUCGAAUGUAUCAAAACUUAGUUCCUGCUUUUGCUGCAAAAGUUGAUAGUCUCGAUCAUUACAUAAAUAAUUUUUCUUCGCAUCUUGUAUGUUUUCGAACUAUUGUAGCUGGUGGUGCUAAGCCAAUGUUUUCUAUUAUCAAUGAAUCAUAUACAAAUGAAAAAGAAAGACUUCUCUAUGACUAUCGUACUGCUAUUCUACGAUACCAUGGUGUCAAUGUAUCCCAUUUACCAUCACGUCAUCGUAUUGUACUUGUUAACAAAACUCAAGCAUUGCGUCGUAGCUUACGUGCAAUUAAAAAUCUUGUCGAAGUUAAACACUUUAUACAUUCGACAUAUCCAAAGAUACAACUUGAUGUUAUUGAUUGGAGUAAAUAUACAUUCACUCAACAAAUGCAUGAAUUAUACAAGACAACUAUAUUAAUCACACCAUGUGGUGGUAUCUCAACAAUAAUACCAUUUUUACCUGGUGGAACACAUGCAAUCAUAAUGGAUUUCUAUGUCAACAAACAAGCAUAUCGGAAAGACGAGAAAUAUAGAGUAGGAGAAUCAGCUUCGAUGGAUGGGGCUUUUUGA